AAGAAGAAGUUACUGCGCAUGCUCCCUGAACCUCGUGCGUUCAGAAAUCAGUGACUCCGGUCCGGUGGUGUGAGCGAUACAGAACCAGAAUCUGGAGCAAUUUGGGGCUGCGAUGGAGAGUCGGGACCAGGACCAGGACCAGAACCGCGACCAGAACCAGGACCAGAACCAGAACCGCGACCAGGACCAGGACCGCGACCAGAACCAGAACCGUGACCAGGACCAGGACCAGGACCAGCUCUCCUGCUCUCCUUUUAGGUGGAAGAAGCAGAAACGUAAAGGGAAAGCGAGGUCAAAGGGUCACCGCUGUCUGCUGUGUAGUAAAACCUUCCAGUCAGCUGAGAGGCUGAAGGCCCACCAGAUCGUCCACAGUGAGGAGAGACCACACAUCUGCAGCGACUGCGGCGCCUCCUUCAAGGUGUUGAACUCCCUGAAGCUCCAUCAGCGGAUUCACACCGGAGAGAAACCGUACGGCUGUGUGGAGUGCGGAGCGUCCUUCUCCGUGUCCAGCAGUCUGAAGAAACACCAGCGGCUGCACACGGGGGAGAAACCCUACAAGUGUGACGAGUGUGGGAAGUGUUUCGCUGAGUCCAGCGCCUUGACGGUCCACAGACGCACACACACGGGUGAGAAACCGUAUCAGUGUGACGUGUGUGGGAAGGGAUUUAAAACAUUGUCUGAGGUGAAACAGCACCGGAUCCACCACACCGGAGAGAAACCCUUCUGGUGUCACCAGUGUGACAAACGUUUCGUCACCAAGCAGUCUCUCCAGACCCACCAGGUCAUCCACUCGGACCUGAAACCGUUCAUCUGCGGCGAGUGCGGAGAAGCCUUCAAGCUGGCCAUCUCCCUGAGGCGCCACCAACGAGUUCACGCCGGGUAUCAGUGUGACGCCUGCGGGGAGAUAUUCGCCACGGCGCUGAUCCGUGCCAAUCACAAGCGCAGCCACAAGUGGCUGGACGUGCUGCAGCGCAACUGGCGUCUCCGGAAGCUCCAGAUGAUGUCUGCCAGACACGGCGUGGUUCCAGGACAGACUGGACCACCCAGGGAUCUAGCUGUGAAAAGAGACUGGACUGAGUCAUGAACAGAACCGGCCAGCUGCAUCCCAAAGGCUUCAUGUCUGCUGUCCGUCAGCCGGACCAACAGGAACCUGAAGGAAGGUCAGAGGUCAUCUUGUCUUCAGGAAGAUUCUUUUGGUUUUUACUUGAUGAACUUGAAUAAUCUGAUUUCCUGCUGCAAAUAUUGAAGAAGUUAUGUUUCUGUAGUUUUCAGAAUAAAGUUUGCGUUGCAUCAAACGA